CACACCAAGGUUCUGGAACGUGGCCGGGGCAGGAGAUGCGGGCACCAAUGGACAACGUGUGCCACACCAUCGUAUAAUGACCGCUGCGAGUUCCCAUCUUUGUGUUCCCAUCUCAGCCUCGCUUGUUGGGUGACUUGACAGCUAAGAGGAACUCCGGAUUUGGGGCUGGAACAACAUGUAUGUGCUUUCUGUGAAGGACGUAGAUCUGCUGAAGCUUGAAGAUCGCUCUGUGGUCCCCCGAGACGUGGUCAGACAUAUGAGCUCCAGUGACAGCCAGUGUGGGACUGUAAUUGAUGUCAACAUAGAGUGUGCCGUGAAGCUGGUGGGAACCAACUGCAUCCUGUACCCUGUCAACAGCAAAGACCUGCAACAUAUCUGGCCCUUCAUGUAUGGUGACUACAUAGCCUACGACUGCUGGCUGGGCAAGGUGUAUGAUCUGAAGAACCAGGUCAUCCUCAAGCUUUCCAAUGGAGCCAGGUGUUCUAUGAGCACAGAAGAUGGAGCCAAGCUGUAUGACGUCUGUCCUCACGUCAGUGACUCGGGUCUCUUCUUUGAUGAUUCAUAUGGCUUUUAUCCUGGGCAAGUCCUCAUCGGGCCUUCUAAAGUCUUCUCCAGUGUGCAGUGGCUCUCAGGUGUGAAGCCUGUUCUGAGCACAAAAAGCAAGUUCCGAGUGGUGGUGGAAGAGGUACAGGUGGUAGAACUGAAGGUUACUUGGAUCACUAAAAGCUUUUGUCCUGGAGGUACUGACAGUGUGAGUCCUCCACCCUCAAUAAUCAGCCAGGAGAACCUGUCCAGGGUAAAGCGCCUGGGGUGCUUUGACCAUGCCCAGAGGCAGCUUGGAGAAAGGUGCCUCUAUGUGUUCCCAGACAAAGUGGAGCCUGCAAAAAUCACCUGUGAAUGCCCAGAGAGGAACUGUGUCCUGGGUGAAGGAUCAGUUGCCAAAAAGGUGAGGAGACUGCUGAAGAAGCAGAUAGUGAAGAUCAUGUCGUGCUCCCCGGAGUCUCAGGGUACCACUGAAGCCCCGGACAAAGAGUCUGCUACAGCUGCUGACCAAAAAUCAGAAGACCUUAAGCCUGGCUCAAAGUGUGAGCUGGAGGACUCCUCCAAUGGUGCAGCGAGCGGAGGGGAGAGGAAGGAGGAGCAGCCUGAAGAAACGGGGAAGGACAAAGGGGCAGCAGCGGGGCGACAGCAGCAACCUCCCUUUCUGCUGAAGGAUGAGGGGUCAGCUGAUUACAGGCUUCAAUCCAUGGAGCAGGAUGCCGACGACGAGGCGGCUGACGACACGGAUGAUACCAGCUCUGUCACCUCUUCUGCCAGCUCCACCGCCUCCUCCCAGAGCGGCAGCGGCACCGGCCGCAAGAAGAGCAUCCCUCUUUCCAUCAAAAACUUGAAGCGGAAGCACAAGAAGAAGAAGACCAAGAUCUCAAGAGAAUUUAAGCCGGGAGACAGGGUCGCUGUGGAAGUGGUGACCACGAUGACUUCGGCUGACGUGAUGUGGCAGGAUGGCACCGUGGAGACCAACAUUCGUUCCAACGAGCUGAUUCCGGUCCAUCAUCUGGACAACAACGAAUUCUGCCCCGGGGAUUUCGUGGUGGACAAAAGAGCUCAGAGCUCCCAGGACCCCGGUGUGUACGGAGUCGUGCAGUCUGGUGACCAUAUCGGCCGGACCUGCGUGGUGAAGUGGUUCAAGCUGAAAUCCAGUGGAGAUGAUGUGGAGCUGAUCGGGGAGGAGGAGGAUGUGAGUGUGUACGACAUUGCCGACCACCCAGACUUCCGCUUCCGCACUACUGACAUCGUGAUUCGCAUCGGCAAUUCGGACGGAGCCACCGCUAAUGAAGACGAGCCUUCGGUCGGACAGGUGGCUCGCGUGGAUGUCAGCAGUAAAGUGGAGGUGGUGUGGGCUGAUAACUCCAAGACUAUCAUUCUGCCUCAGCACUUAUACAACAUUGAGUCGGAAAUCGAGGAGUCGGACUACGAUUCCGUUGACGGCAGCACCAGUGGGGCAUCCUCUGAGUGGGAGGAUGAGAGCGACAGCUGGGAGACAGACAACGGCCUCAUGGAAGACGACCACCCCAGAAUUGAGGAGCUGGAGCCUGAGGAGCCAGCAGCAGAGGAGGUGAAAAAAGUAGAGGAACAAGUCCAGGGAGCUGUGGCUAUGGCAGUUGCAGAUCUUGCUGCAGAGAAAGCUGGCAAGGACGGAGCCCCCAAGAGCUUCCGGGAACUAAAGGAAGCCAUCAAGAUCUUGGAAAGCCUGAAAAAUAUGACUGUGGAGCAGCUGCUGACUGGCUCUCCCACCUCCCCGACUGUGGAGCUGGAAAAACCCACUCGGGAGAAGAAAUUCUUGGACGAUAUUAAAAAGCUGCAGGAAAACCUCAAGAAAACCUUGGAUAACGUGGCCAUUGCAGAGGAGGAAAAGAUGGAAGCCAUGGUGGAGACGGAGAAGAAAGAAGAAAAAGCAGAGGCGCAGACACCGGUGAGGUCGGAGUGGCCCAGUGAGACACCAGUGCUGUGCCAGCAGAGCGGGGGCAAGCCCGGAGUCACCUUCACCAGUGCCAAGGGAGAGGUGUUCUCUGUGCUGGAGUACGCUCCAGAUAGCCACGCCUUCAAGAAAAUGGAGUUCCAGCCCCCAGAAGCAAAGAAGUUCUUUAGCACUGUGCGGAAAGAGAUGGCUCUCCUGGCCACCUCCCUGCCGGAUGGCAUCAUGGUUAAAACCUUCGAGGAUCGAAUGGACCUCUUCUCAGCACUUAUAAAAGGGCCCACGCGCACACCCUAUGAGGAUGGCCUCUUUCUCUUUGACAUCCAGCUCCCCAACAUCUACCCUGCUGUCCCACCUCUCUUUCGCUACCUCUCCCAGUGCAGCGGGAGACUGAAUCCCAACCUGUAUGACAAUGGCAAAGUGUGUGUCAGCCUCCUGGGGACGUGGAUAGGCAAGGGGACGGAAAGGUGGACCAGUAAAUCCAGCCUCCUCCAAGUACUCAUCUCCAUCCAAGGUCUUAUCCUAGUGAACGAGCCCUAUUACAACGAGGCAGGCUUCGACAGCGACCGGGGCCUUCAGGAGGGCUACGAGAACAGCCGCUGCUACAACGAGAUGACGCUGAUCCGGGUGGUGCAGUCCAUGAUGCAGCUGCUGCGCAGGCCGGUGGAGGUGUUCGAGCACGAGAUCCGCGAGCAUUUCCGCUGCAACGGCUGGCGCCUGGUGUCCCGCAUCGAGUCCUGGCUGGAGACCAACGAGCUGGUGGAAAGGAGCCACGAGCAGGCCAACGGGGCGGCAGAUUCCGCCUCCCUCCUCUCUGCCGGCAGCGCCCAGGCCGAGAGCCCCGGGGACAACGUGGGGUCGCUGGGGGAGCGCGGCGGCUCCGGCGAGCAGGGGGCGGCGGCUGAAUUUUCCGACUCGGCGCCGGACGGGAAGGAGGAGCUGGACGAGGCGGAGUUCACCACCUCGACGCCCAACGCCGGCGACCUCCACCAGGACUCGGACUCGGAGAGCGCGGGCCAAGCCAGGGGGGUAGACCUGGCCAGAGACCGAACGGACGAGGGGAAGGCUGCCCAGGACUCUGCCUCGCAGCCUAGCGUGAAACCAAAGAAAAGGAGAAAGAGCUACAGGAGUUUCCUUCCGGAGAAGAGCGGUUACCCCGAUAUUGGGUUCCCCCUCUUCCCUUUGUCCAAGGGGUUCAUUAAAAGCAUCCGUGGUGUCUUGCAGCAGUACCGGGCUGCCUUAGCAGGGGCCAAUAUCCCAGAGUGGACAGAGGACAAAUAAACCAUCGGGUCAGGGACAGGCAGGUGCAGAGGAGAAGGGAAAGCGGCAGAAAGGAAAUCGGCAAAUGCUGUUACCAGUAAACUGGCUUCUCCUUCCAGCUUUUCUUCCUCAGCUUGGUUUGUUCCAAAGAAGGCGGUAGGCCCGAUUUGCUCCUCCGAGGAAAGGUCUAAGCAUGAAUUUGCCCUCAGCCCUCCUUCCUUCCCCCCCCCCCCCCCCGUCCCACCUACGCGCUCCUCUGGCGAGUUUGACCCUGCAACGGUAAGAUUGGAGCCCUGCACAGCAGCAGUCUUGCAGCCACGUUCCCUCUGCACUUUCAUCCUGGGGCACCUUUCCACACAGACUCUUCCCCCCCCCCCCCCCCAAGCCCAGCUCCCGGCGGUUUCUGCUGCCGGGGUUCGAGCCGGCAGCGAUUGCUGUAGGAUCUGGGUGCGAAGGGCGCUGCCCUCCCGGUCUUUUCAUUUUUCUCUGCAUUACCGUGGGUUUUCUGAAGUCUACCCAAGCUGAUACGUACUUAGACAUUGGAUUGUUUGCAUUGAAGUUGUCUGCACCAUUACGGAGUUGCUCUAGUCGUAGUUGUUCACCGGUAGCUAGGAGGUUCUUCUGAUCGGAACUGAAUGGGCAGCACCAGAACUCUGCGCUGCCCUGGUAGUGCCGUGGGGUUUCCAUCUGCUCCUGCGACUUCUGCUCUUUCUUCUGGAAUCAGCUCCACCAUCCACAGUCUGUAUUCUCCGAGUAAGGCGGACUUCCCUUCCCCCACCGUGCAUGCCCGCCCUCUAGAAAUACACAGAUCUGGGGUUGUGCCCUUGUUCCUCGCUCAGCUCUCCGGAUCCUCCCUUUGGCCCCCAGCUGUCUGGCAGCUCUGGGUGUACCCAGGUCCCAGCCUCGCGUGGGCAGCAGCGUCGGGGCGCGUUGCAGACCUGGUGCCUGGUGCUGGGGGGAGCCCAGCCCCUCUGCUGCCUACAUCACCUGCUGCCACUGGGUCUGGGCGCUGCCUGAGCCGGGGUCACCCGCAAGCCAGGAGCUCGUGCGGCGAUGGCCAGCUCCUGUGGGAGCAGCGGUCGGUGCUGGUUCCUCCACCAGUAACUGGAGCACACCCCACACUGGUGCAGCCUGCUGGCGCUUCCUCCCCUGGCCGCCUGUUUCCUGUGACGGCCUGAACCCGCUGUGGCCGGUGGCAUUGCGGGCACAGCACGGCCUAGCUGUGUGCUGCUGCGGAGCUGCUGGGCCUCUGGGAAACAGCUGGCGGAGCAGCACGGAGCUGCCGGAGCCCCUGACCUUCAGCACUUUGCAGCAGUGACCUGGGGGAGCAGCAGCCUCCUGGCCGGGGCACCUUGCUGGAGCCUUUGUGUGCACGCACUUACGUUCACUUCUGGAGCUGGGGAGGUCACAUCAGCACUGCCAAGACAUUGGAGAAGCGCUCAGCUGGCAGCCAGGGGAGCAGUGGGGCUGCCCUUCCAGCGGGGAGAGCGGGGCUGAGCAUUCAGCUGUAAAGAUGGAGGCAGAUCCUUUCUGCCAGCGUGGCCGCGUUCCCUUCCCUCCAGCCCGGCCAGGACGUGGCCUUCUCCUCCUGACACUCGGAGCAGCCGCCUGCUCUCGGUGCCUCCCCGCUGCUCACCUGCAGGGCCCACCCGCUGCUGCUUCACCCCUUCCUCAGGGAUGGGAGGGAGCCAGCGCCCUCGGUUGAAGGGAGAAAACCCACCACGGCCACAGCUCGGCUGGUGGAAGAGCUCUGUGCGUCCCUUUGCUCCCCACAGAACACAGGACGCUGCCGGGGGGGGGUGCAGGGUGAGCUGCUCGGAGGGCUGUGCCAGCUUUUCCCCAUCACUUGGUUUUCCACUGACCAUAAGCAAGAGCGUUGGCCCGGGGUCCAUCCCCCCCCCCCCCCCCGCGGCGUGCACGGAGGUUUACAGAUUUUCUAAGCUUUUGAUAAUGUGAAGCUCCCUGGUGACGAGGUGGGUGGUGAGCACACUGCAGCUAUGUAAUUUUCUUUUUUUUUUUUUUUUUCGUGUAUGUAUGUAAUAUUUAAGGGUAACAAAAUUUAAAAAGGCGAAAACCUUAAAAGAUAAUAAUAAUAAUAAUAAUAACGGUAAUAAUUAAAAAGACACAAAAAAUUCAAAAAAAAAAAUAAAAAAAAAAAAAAGCCAAAGCAUGAUGCAUAUUGUUAGCCUUAAAACUGGCUACACGACUGUGUGAUGUACAAAUACGAGCAGCCUGUAACUGUUUUAAGUGCUGGGGUUGGGGAGGAAGCAUUACAAAAAUCCGUUUGUAGCCUUGAUUCUGUACAGUAUUUAAAUGAAGAAAACAAAACCAAACCGGACCCGGCUCUCGAGGCCCUGCUUAGAGGUGUGUCGUUCCCGUGCAGAUGUGGAUGCUUGGUUGCUUUACGAUAUAUGUAUAAAAGUGCUGUGUGACCAUUAAAACUUUUUUUACCUGCAGAAUUAUUGUGGUGGUGGUGGUGGUGGUGGUGGUUUGGCUAACCGAGGUGUAACGAAGGAGGGAAGAUGACUUUGCCAUUAAAUUUCGCCUCUGUGAGUA